AUGGGAUGUCAGUUGUCCGUUCCAAAUUUUCACAUCAGCUCAUCUGCACAGCAGAGCACAGAACAUUUUACGCGUGGAGCUGUUUUGGCAAAUUUGCGGUGUGUGAACACCAGGAAACAACGGCGCGAAAGAACUACAUUCACGAGGGCACAACUGGACGUUCUUGAGGCACUUUUUGGCAAAACUCGCUAUCCUGAUAUAUUCAUGCGUGAAGAAGUGGCACUUAAAAUCAAUUUACCAGAGUCAAGAGUACAGGUGUGGUUCAAAAACCGUCGAGCUAAGUGUCGUCAGCAGCUUCAGCAGCAACAGCAGUCUAGUAGUCUUAAUAGCGCCAAAAACGUUAAUUCCGGAUCCACUUCAUGUGCAUCGUCACGUAACUCAUCGUCUACCGGCAACAACAACAACAACAACUCAGCCAACACUUCCAAGUCCAACUCACAUCAUUCAUCGUCAAAUAACAACAACAAAUCCAGCUCAGGAGCUAGUAUAUCAAAUGGGAAUAAUUCAAGUGGAAACUCUUCGGCGGCGGCGGCAGCAGCUGCUGCAGCAGCAGUAGCUCAAUCAAUAAAAUCGCAUCACAGUUCCUUCCUCAAUUCUUCCGCAUCCACAUCUGCCACUACACCGUCAAGCUCGUCCAUGAAUUCACAUGCACACCAUAUGUCUGGAAGUGGUUCUGGUAAUUCCAUCAGUGGUAAUCCCGGAUCACUGAAUGUUACUGCAGCACAUCAGAAUUCAUCUCCAUUAUUGCCUACGCCUGCCACCUCAGUUAGUCCGGUUAGCAUCGUUUGCAAAAAAGAGCACAUCAGUAGUGGCUAUCCAACUGAUGCAUUGCGUGGUUCUUAUGACACAAUAAAGGAAGCUGGUGGUGACAUUAGUUCUAACUCUCACCACCACAGUAUCUAUGGUACUGCCGCAUCAGCGAAUCCUCGCUUAGUGCAGGCUGGUGGCAAUAUAACACCAAUGGACUCUAGCUCCAGCAUCACAACACCUUCUCCACCAAUAACACCAAUGUCACCACAAUCCGCAGCUGCUGCAGCUCAUGCCGCUCAAUCGGCUCAGUCCGCACAUCAUUCCGCCCAUUCAGCUUACAUGUCAAAUCACGAUUCAUAUAACUUUUGGCAUAACCAAUAUCAACAAUACCCAAACAACUAUGCCCAAGCUCCUAGUUACUAUUCCCAAAUGGAGUAUUUUAGCAACCAAAAUCAAGUCAACUACAAUAUGGGCCACUCCAGUUAUAGUGCUUCCAACUUUGGACUCUCCACAAGUCCUUCGUUCACAGGUACUGUCUCAGCUCAAGCGUUUUCACAAAACAGUCUGGACUACAUGUCGCCACAAGAUAAAUACGUAAACAUGGUGUAGAAUCUGCUGCAAAAGUAUUGCAGCAAACAGACUUAAAUGGUAUAAUCUGAAAAAAGUCAAGACUGCAGUCGAGGAUGCAGUUCAACUUGCUGCAUUAAUUGUGUUUGUCAAGUGACGACUUACAGAGAAGACAAAGAAAUCAUUUCAAGACAUAUCCAAUGUUUCAGUGCACGCUCUGCAAUUAAUCAAUCGAAGCUUUUUGUUUUAGAUACAUUGUUUUAAUUAAAUCCAUUUUAGAAAUUAGAUUGUAAAUACACUUAAAAUACUUUAAAAACUCGUUUUAAAAAUGCAGCCAACAUCAACGAAUAUAUCAGUGAUAAUGACAAACUAUUUAUAGGUUAUUUGUUUGAAAUUGAGUAUGAAAAGGGCGGAAAGAAGAAUAACCUGCAACUGAAAGGGGCCGAAACUGCAGUUGUAAGCAACAAAUCUGACAUAUUUUUUAUUCUUAAUUUAUAAUUGCUCCAAAAAUCAUGCAGCCUCCUCCAGGGCUAAGUUUAAUCGCAAAUGAAUCAAAUGUAAAAUGCAAAACAAAUAUAAUUUAUUCAUAAGAGAAAUAAUUGUUCAUAAUUUUAAUUUCAAGAUGUAUUUUAGACACCAAAUCCCACAAUUUUUAUUGAUUUCCGAAGCACGGCAAUGAAAACAGAUUUAAAUUAUAUAAUAAAGGUCCCAACAAUUCUGAACAAACAAAACAUUCAUAUCAUUAUAUUGGCAUUUGUAAAAAUAU